CACCGGCGUCGUGCCCCAUAGCGACCCACAGCGCCCCGGAAGGUCCCACGGCCCCCCACUGACACAGGUGAGCCCUAAUCCCCCCCCCCCGCAGCCCUCUGGACCCCAUAGCAGCCCCACAGAGCCCCUCCAGACUCCUACACGCCCCAUAGCAGCCCCACAGAGCCCCUCCAGGCCCUUCCAUGCCCCAUAGCAGCCCCACAGAGCCCCUCCAGGCUCCUACACGCCCCAUAGCAGCCCCACAGAGCCCCUCCAGGCCCUUCCAUGCCCCAUAGCAGCCCCACAGAGCCCCUCCAGGCUCCUACACGCCCCAUAGCAGCCCCACAGAGCCCCUCCAGGCUCCUACACGCCCCAUAGCAGCCCCAUAGCAUCUCCCAACCCUCUGGGUCUUCCCCAGCCCCAUAGAACCCCAGAGCAGCCCCUAAGGGUCCCCCCCAAGGGCUCCCCCUGCCCCAUAGAGCCAUCCUCUACCCCCCGGCCAUGGCCCUGCGGGGGGUGCUGGCGCUGCUGUGGGUCGCAGGGGCUGUGGGGCACCCCACGGCGCAGCCCCAGGACUGGGUCCCCCCCUGCGGGAGCUGCCUGUGGGCCAUGGUGGGGCUGGGGGCUCUGGCGGGGGCCCUGGUGGUGGUGGGGGGGCUGCUGUGCCAGUGCCUGCUGCGGGGGGGCCCCCCGCCCCCCCCCGAGCUGUGGGGUGCCCCACCGCCACCGUGGGGCGACGAGGAGCCCCCCUCGCCCUCUGUGGCCUGGGGACCCCCCCCGGGACCCCCCCAGCCCCGCGUCACCCUGCAGGACAUCGGGGGCUUCUUCCAGCGCGGGGUGGGUUAGGGGCGCCAUGGGGUGCCCCCCCGAAUAUCCCCCCCCCCCCGCCAUGGGGUGCCCCGAAACCGCCAGUUGGAAGCCAUGGGGGGGGGGCCCCGAAACUGUCAGUGGGGGGGCCUGUGCCCUGAACCCACCAAUCAGGAGCCACGGAGCCCCCCGAAACUGUGACGUCAGAGUGUGGGGCACCCCCAAGAAGCCACCAAUCAGGAGCUGGAGAGGGGUCCUGAAGCCCCUCGAUGAGGCGCGGUGGGGGAGGGGAAUCACCGGAAGUGGCCAAUCAGGACAUCUGUGGUGCCCCGAAGCGACCAAUCAGGACUGACUCCCAAAACCACCAAUCAUGAGCUCCGGGACCCCCUGAAACCACCAAUGAGGAACUCUGGGACCCCCUCCCCCAAAUCACCAGUCAGGACCGUGGCCUAAAGCAGGACCUAUGGGGUGCCCCCAAACCCCCCCGCAUCUCCCUGGCUCUAUGGGGCACCCCGAAACCGCCAACGUCUCCCUGGAUCUAUGGGGUGCCCUGAAACCGCCAACAUCUCCCUGGAUCUAUGGGUCGCCCCGAAACCCCCCUGCAUCUCCAUGGAUCUAUGGGGCGCCCUGAAAACGCCAACGGCUCCCUGGAUCUGUGGGGCGCCCCGAAACCGCCAACGGCUCCAUGGAUCUAUGGGGCGCCCCGAAACCGCCAACGUCUCCAUGGAGCUAUGGGGAGCCCUGAAACCGCCAGCAUCUCCCUGGAUCUGUGGGGCGCCCUGAAACCGCCAUCGCCUCCCAGGAUCCAUGGGGAACCCCCAGACCUGCCGCCAGCCCCCUAAGUGUGGGGGGCCCCCCGGAGGCGUGGGGGCCCCGCCCUGGGCGGUGCUUCCUGCCCGCGCUCCCCGCUUCCUGCCCGCUCGGCGCUCGCACCAUCCCCCCGCCAACGGCCGCAGCCCCACAGCCCGGCGCCAUGGGGCGCCACCCCCCAGCUCGCAGGGCCGUCACCCUCUGGGUCUUCCUGGUCACCUGCUUCGCGCCCGUGCCCGCCAUCGCCGAGGCGUCCGUGGGGCCCUCCCCGGACACUGACCUGCACGAGGGGGCCACCACGUCCCCGCCGGCCACCGCGGGCCACCAGACAGCCCCGACGGCCGCCGCCACCACCACAGAGCCCCUGUUGGCCACCACGGACCGCCCAACAGCUCCAGCGACCACCACCAGCCCCACCCCGGCCAUGGCGACCACCAGCACCCCCCCACUGGCCGUCACGGACCCCACCACCCCCAAGAGACCCCUGGAGACCGCCUACGAACAAGACUCAGUGGUCACCAUGGGCCACCAACCGGUCUUGAAACCCACCAGUGGCCAGCAAACAGCCCUGAAGACCACCAUCAACCUCCAGUCAGCUUUGGAGACCACCGCCAGCCACCACCCAACCUUGGAGGCAACCAAGGCCCAUCGACCAACCUCAAGGAUGUCCAUUGGCCACCCCACAACCCCAGAGCCCACCAACGCCCACCAGUCAGCCUGGAAGACCAGUGCUGACCUCGAGCCAGCCUUGAAGACCACCAUUGGCCCCCAGUCAGCCUGGAAGACCACCAUUGGCCCUCAGUCAGCCUGGAAGACCACCAUUGGCCCCCAGCCAGCCUGGAAGACCACCAUUGGCCCCCAGUCACCCUGGAAGACCACCAUUGGCCCCCAGUCAGCCUGGAAGACCAGUGCUGACCUCGACCCAGUCUGGAAGACCACCAUUGGCCACAAGCCAGCCUGGAAGACGACCACCGGCCACCAGUCAGCUUGGAAGACCACCAUUGGCCACCAACCAACCUUGAAGACCACCAGCAGCUACCACCCGACCGCAGAGCCCACCACCAGCCACCGACCCCCCCCGAAGACCACCAUGGUCCCCCACCAGACGGCGAGUCCGCCAGCCUCCCAGAAGAGCUCGUGGCUCUGGCUGGUGGUGCUGGUGGCCGUGGUGGCCGUGGUGGUGGCCAUGGGGCUGGUGGCAGGGGUGUGUCGCUGCUACCGGCAGCGCCACUCGGGCUCCACGUCCUUCGGGCCGUGGGCCGGUCCGGCUCAGCUCCCCGAGGACGACGGCUGCGGCGGGGGUGGGGGGGUGACCCAACCCAUGUUGGCCACCGGGCAAGGGGGGGCCACGCUCAGCACCUUCCAAGCCGCCCCCGAAAUGGUGGCCAUGGAGGAGCUGCCGGGCCCCCAGGAUGAGCCCCCCGCUAACGGGGACCCCAGCGUCCAGGGCGCGGCCCCCCCCCUCCCCGAAGUAACCACCUUGGCUUCCUGUUGACAGUGGGGCAGGAAGAGGACCCAGGCAUCUGGUCCCGCCCCCACCCCCCUGCCAACCCCGCCCCACCGGUGGGGCUUUUUGUGGCGUUUCUGUCCGUUUUUCACCUUUUUUUUCCCUGUUUCUAAACUAUUUAAUAAAUAAUAAUAAUU